CUAAUUUCACUAGUAAACUGGUCAACGUGAUUGGUCAAAAGACCAGUUGGUGGGACAAUAAUAUCAGAAUACCUGUGUAAACACGGGAUACAGAAAAGUUUUUUCUGUUGAUUUUCUACCCCCUUGUGGAGCACGCUGACCCGGCUGGCUAACUGUCAGGGCUGGAAAAUGGCCGCUCGGUGAGGUUCUGUUCACCGAUUCUGAAAACUCAAAAGUACGGGAAAAAGUCAAGAAUCAUACCUGGAGCUAUUUCAACAUACACUCCCUCUAGACGGAGGUGUUUUUUAAUUGACAAUGUCUCGCUGGGUGCCAACCAAAAAGGAAAAGUACGGAGUUGCCAUCUACAACUAUGACGCCCGCCAAGAUGAGGAACUGUCGCUACAGAUAGGAGACACAGUCCACAUACUAGAGACAUAUGAAGGCUGGUACAGAGGACACAGACUAAGAAGAAAGUCCAAGAAAUUCCAGGGCAUUUUUCCUGCCUGUUAUAUACACCUGAAAGAAGCCACCGUCGAAGGCAGUGGGCACAAGGAGACAGUGAUUCCCAACGAGCUACCUCUGGUCCAAGAGGUCACCACCACCCUACGAGAAUGGGCGACCAUAUGGCGAGAUCUCUACGUGGUGAGUAGAGGGGAUAAACGUGAGAUGUUUAACUCGGUCCGGGACAUGAUCUAUGACCUGAUUGAGUGGCGAUCCCAGAUCCUGUCAGGAACCCUCCCCCAAGAUGAAUUGACUGAGCUCAAACAGAGAGUCACGUCCAAGAUUGACUACGGAAAUAAGUAUCUAGACUUGGACCUGGUGGUGAGAGAUAAGGAGGGUAACAUCUUGGACCCAGACACCACCAGCACCGUGUCUCUGUUCCGAGCCCACGAGGCCGCUUCCAAACAGAUAGAAGAACGCAUCCAGGAGGAGAAGUCCCAGAAGCAGAAUAUAGAUUUGACGCGGCAGGCCAAGUUUGCCCAGACUCCGUCCUUUGCCCUCUUCGUUACCCUGAAGAACGUUGUGUGUAAGAUCGGUGAGGAUGCGGAGGUCCUCAUGUCACUCUACGACCCCGUCGAGUCAAAGUUCAUCAGUGAGAAUUACCUGGUGCGAUGGUCCAGUCAAGGGCUGGUCAAAGACAUUGACACGCUCCAUAACCUGCGAGCGGUCUUCACGGACCUUGGGAGUGAGGACUUGAAGAGGGAGAAGAUCAGCUUUGUGUGUCAGAUCGUCAGAGUUGGUCGUAUGGAGCUGCGUGACAACAACACCAAGAAGCUGACCUCAGGCCUGAGGAGGCCUUUCGGAGUAGCAGUCAUGGACGUGACCGACAUCAUAACAGGCAAGAUGGAUGACGAGGACAAGCAGCAUUUCAUUCCCUUCCAGCCGCUGGCGUUGGAUGAUGCCAUACAUCGCCACCAGCAGCUGAACAUCUCACGUUUUUCACCCAGGGUGGCGGGCGAGAGUGACUUCCUGCAGGCCGUCAUCAACAAGGUCAUCGCAGCCAAGGAGGUCAAUCACAAGGGUCAAGGUCUUUGGGUGACCCUAAAACGUCUCCCAGGUGACAUCCAUCAGAUCCGGAAGGACUUCCCUCACCUGGUUGACCGCUCCACUGCUGUAGCCCGCAAGAUGGGCUUCCCUGAGAUAAUCAUGCCAGGCGACGUGCGCAACGAUAUCUACGUCACCCUGGUCCAGGGAGAGUUCGAUAAAGGCAGCAAGUCCACGCCCAAGAACGUAGAGGUCACCAUGUCGGUGUACGACGAAGAUGGAAAGAAACUGGAGAAAGUGAUAUUCCCUGGCGCUGGUGACGAGGGAAUCAUGGAGUACAAGUCUGUCAUCUAUUACCAGGUCAAACAGCCACACUGGUACGAAACCAUCAAGGUCGCCAUCCCGAUUGAAGACGUCAACAGAAGCCAUCUGCGAUUUACCUUCAGACACCGAUCUUCUCAAGACUCCAAAGACAAAUCGGAGAAGAUAUUCGCUCAGUCGUUCGUGAAGCUGAUGCGGUACGAUGGGACGACCCUGAGAGACGGAGAACACGAUCUCAUUGUUUACAAGGCAGAGGCUAAGAAGCUGGAAGACUCGUCUCUUUACCUCAACCUGCCUGCGACCAAGAUGGAGCUGGAGGAGAAGGGCCUGUCUACUACAGGGAAAGGGACCCAGAGCCUGGGGAACUGCACCAUCAGCAAGGACUCCUUUCAGAUCUCCACCCUGGUCUGCUCCACCAAGCUCACUCAGAAUGUGGACCUUCUGGGUCUGCUGAAGUGGCGUUCCAACACCAGCCUGCUUCAGCAGAACCUCAGGCAGCUGAUGAAGGUUGAAGGAGGAGAGGUUGUCAAGUUUCUUCAGGACACCCUCGAUGCCCUGUUCAACAUAAUGAUGGAGAACUCUGACAGCGACACGUUCGAUACCCUGGUUUUUGAUGCGCUGGUAUUCAUUAUUGGACUCAUUGCAGACAGAAAGUUUCAACACUUUAACCCUGUCCUUGAGACAUACAUACGGAAGCAUUUCAGCGCCACUCUGGCUUACACGAAGCUCACCAAGGUCCUGAAGAACUAUGUGGACGAUGCCGAGAAGCUCACCGAGCAGCUGCUGAAGGCUAUGAAGGCUCUGGAGUACAUCUUCAAGUUCAUCGUGCGCUCCCGGGUCCUCUUCAACCAAUUGUAUGAGAACAAAGGAGAGGCUGACUUCAUGGAGUCCUUGAGGAAUCUCUUCACUUCCUUCAAUGACAUGAUGAAUAGCAGCUCUGAGAACACUGCCAUGGUGAAGCUCCUCCUCAAGGGUUCGGCCCUGAAGUAUGUCCCUACCAUUGUGAAUGACGUCAAACUGGUCUUUGAUCCCAAGGAGUUGAGUAAACUAUUUACAGAGUUCAUUCUGAAGGUUCCUCUGGGGCGACUGGUCAAACAGAAGCUACACUGCCUCAUCGACAUUGUCCACAGUGACCUCUUUACACAGCACGACUGUCGUGAGAUCCUGUUACCUCUGAUGACGGAGCAGUUGAAGUUCCACCUAGAGAAACAGGAAGACCUGGAGGCCUGCUGUCAGCUACUGAGUAACAUCCUGGAGGUCCUCUACAGAAAGGACGUGGGUCCAACCCAGUGGCACGUCCAGACCAUCAUGGAGAAGCUGCUGAGGACAGUCAACAGGACCGUGAUCUCCAUGGGCCGAGACUCUCCGCUCAUCGGAGGCUUUGUGGCCAGCAUGACAGCUACCCUGAGACAAAUGGAAGACUAUCACUAUGCUCACCUCAUUAGCACCUUUGGAAAGAUGAGGACGGACGUGGUGGAUUUCCUCAUGGAAACAUUUAUCAUGUUCAAGGAUCUCAUCGGGAAGAACGUCUACCCUGGUGACUGGGUCAUCAUGAACAUGAUGCAGAACAAAGUGUUCCUGAGGGCCAUAAAUCAGUAUGCAGCUGUACUGAACAAGAAGUUCCUGGAUCAAACCAACUUUGAACUUCAGCUGUGGAACAACUACUUCCACCUGGCCGUGGCGUAUCUUACCCAGGAGUCCUUGCAGCUUGAGAACUUCUCCAGCGACAAACGAGCCAAGAUCUUCCAGAAGUAUCAGGACAUGAGAAGACAGAUUGGCUUUGAGAUCCGAGACAUGUGGUAUAAUCUGGGGCCCCACAAGAUCAAGUUCAUCCCAGAGAUGGUGGGUCCCAUCCUGGAAAUGACACUGGUACCUGAGAUGGAACUGAGGAAAGCCACCAUCCCCAUCUUCUUCGACAUGAUGCAGUGCGAGUUCCACUUCACGUGCAGCUUCCAGCGGUUUGAGAACGAGAUCAUCACCAAGCUGGAUCACGAGGUUGAGGGCGGAAGAGGGGAUGAACAGUACAAAGUCCUCUUCCAGAAGAUUCUGCUGGAGCACUGCAGGAAACAUAAGUACCUGGCCAAGACAGGGGAGACCUUUGUCAGCCUGGUGGUUCGCCUGUUGGAGAGACUCCUGGACUACCGGACCAUCAUGCACGACGAGAACAAGGAGAACCGCAUGUCCUGCACAGUCAAUGUGCUGAACUUCUACAAGGAGAUAGAGCGCGAGGAGAUGUACAUUAGGUACCUGUAUAAGCUCUGUGACCUCCACAAGGAGUGUGACAACUACACAGAGGCGGCCUACACCCUGCUGCUGCACGCCAAGUUGCUGAAGUGGUCAGAGGAGGCGUGUGCAGCCCACCUAACCCAGAGAGAAGGUUAUCAGGCCUCCACACAAGGACAACUCAAGGACCAACUCUAUCAAGAGAUUAUCAAUUACUUUGAUAAGGGAAAGAUGUGGGAGGAGGCCAUCAUACUAGGAAAGGAGCUAGCAGAGCAGUAUGAAAAUGAGAUGUUUGACUUUGAGCAGCUGAGUGCGUCCUUGCGGAAGCAGGCCCAGUUCUAUGAGAACAUCGUCAAGGUGAUCCGACCCAAACCAGACUAUUUUGCGGUGGGCUACUACGGACUGGGUUUCCCAUCAUUCCUCAGGAACAAGAUGUUCAUCUACAGGGGUAAGGAGUAUGAGCGGAGAGAGGACUUUGAGGCCAGGCUCCUCACCCAAUUCCCCAACGCCGACAAGAUGAAGACUACGACACCGCCCAGUGAAGACAUCAAGAACUUGCCUUCACAGUGCAUACAAUGUUUCACUGUGAAGCCCAUUCUGGAGCUCCCUCCAAAGUUCCAGAACAAACCUGUCUCGGAACAGAUCGUCAGUUUUUACACAGUGAAUGAAGUGCAUAAAUUCCAGUAUUCCAGGCCUGUGAGAAAAGGAGAGAAGGAUCCAGACAACGAGUUUGCGAACAUGUGGAUAGAGAGGACCACUUACGCCACGGCCUACAAACUGCCCGGGAUACUGCGAUGGUUCGAGGUCAAGUCUGUCUCCACGGAGGAGAUCAGCCCGUUGGAGAAUGCCAUGGAGACGAUGCAACUGACCAAUGAGAAGAUCAGCAACAUGGUGCAGCGCCACCUGAGUGACCCCAACCUUCCCAUCAACCCCCUCUCCAUGCUUCUCAACGGCAUCGUUGACCCCGCUGUAAUGGGGGGCUUCACCAACUAUGAGAAGGCAUUCUUCACUGAGAAGUAUCAGGAGGAGCAUCCAGAUGACCAGGAGAAACUGGAGAAACUGAAGGACCUCAUCGCCUGGCAGAUCCCUUACCUGGCGGAUGGCGUUCGUAUCCAUGGAGAGAAGGUGACAGAGGCGCUGCGGCCGUUCCAUGACCGCCUGGAGGCCUGCUUUAAACAGCUCAAAGAAAAAGUCGAGAAACAGUAUGGAGUCAAAACACUGCCUGCGGUGGAUGAGAGGCGUGGCUCCCGUCCUCGCUCCAUGGUGCGCUCCUUCACCAUGCCCUCGCAGCAGAGGCCUCUGUCUGUGGCUUCAGUCAACUCCAUCUCCUCUGACAACUCCCCCUCCAGGCCUGGCUCCGACGGCUUUACCCUGGAGCCUCUCUUGCCAAAGAAGCAAUACUUCAAGUCUCAGGACAAGCUGGACCGAGAAGAGUUGGAGCGGGAGAGGAAGGACCGGAAGAAGGAGAAGCGGAACAGUAAACAUCAAGAGAUCUUCGACAAGGAGAUGAAGACAACUGAAAUCACCCUACAGCCUGCAGAGGCAGUCAUUCUUUCAGAGACGAUCAGUCCCCUGAGGCCUCAGAGACCUAAGAGUCAGGUGUUGAAUGUUCUGGGCGGAGACCGUCGCCUCUCAGUGUCCCCGGGACCCAAUGCCUCCCCGGGGCCCCCUCCCAUCACCCCCAGGAACAAACUGUCCUUCAGCCUGCCCACCGUCUCCAAUCUGGAGCUGAACGGCAUGGGGGCAGAUAAAGGGGAGACUCCUCCCCCCCUGCCAGUGAAGGGCAUCUCCGCUGAUUACGGGAACCUGCUUGGAGAUAAUCAGGACCUGACAAGCCCCUCCACACCUCCUCCGCCCCCGACGCAUCAUCCAAGGAAUGUGCCACCUCCUCUGCCCAGCAAGACGCCUCCUCCUCCUCCUCCCAAGACCACCAGGAAACAAGCGUCAAUUGAUUCGGGAAUUGUACAAUAACCAAGACAUUAUUCACUCUGCCAAAAAUGCCGUGGUCACCGCCUAAAGACACCGCUGAUAUGUCUUCACUUUGUUAGUGUGCACUAUGUUCCACCAGGGCCCUUAAGGGGCUGAUAGAAAUGAGUGACCUGCAUAUGGAAAAGUGGCCCAUUUGUACCCACCUUAUUGAUUCCUUCAAGUGUGAUGAUGCAGCGUGCCCUACAAUAUGUUAAGAUGGGAAUCCAUUACACAAGGUUAUUAGUCGAAUGCUUGUUUGAUGCCAUCAGUGAUCCUCCACUGGAUACCACUCUGGAUCUCCAUAAUGGAACAAGAUCUUUUUCCGUCAAUAGGAUGAGGGACGUUUUUGACCAGUAGACAACAACAUGCUGAAAAUAAAAAAAAAGUUAUAUUAUCUCUCCUAUGGUAUUAUCUUCUUUUUUUUUAUCAUCAAUAUUCCUACUAUGUACAGAGGUAUGUAUAUAUGAU